AAUUUCUCUCCGGUUCCCUUCCCUCCGUUUCCUCCAAUGGCGCAGCCAAUCAUUCUCUCCGACGAAGAAGACCAAACCCCCUUCACAACGCCACUUCAAUCUCUCGCCAAGAAGCCCCGAACCGGGCCACCCGACCCGACAACCCACACAAUUCUGGUCCUCGACGAUGACCCGACCCCACAGAAACCGGGCCCCACCGCCACUCUCUCCUCCACGCCGUCGUUCGUCGCCGAGACGCCGAUGUCUGACUUGUCUAUCGUCAAAUGCACCAUGGCCUCUUCGCUUGAUCCCCAAAUUAGGGUUUCGAGUUUUGAUAAAAAUUUCUGUGGAAGUGAUGGACUGAUAUGUUUAGAGUCUGACAAUGAAUCUGAAAAUGGUCCUGGAAGGGAAAAUUUGGCGAAGAAUGAAGCAAUAUGUUCUGGUUCUGAUGAUGAUGAGGACAUAGAAUGGCAUUCUAGAGCUGUUAAUUCGUCAUGUUUCCUUGGGAAUGCAGAUCUGAUGCAAAUGUCUGAGGACUAUUCUUCACAGCCAAUCUAUCCACUGCAUGAUCGUGAUAUGGUAGAGGAUUGCCCUGACAAAGAAAAUUUUAGCAUGGAGCAGAUGAGUAAUAUCCCAACCACAAAAAGAGGUAAACAAAUGAAUGCUGUAAAGAAAAAUGGCCAAUCUGAAGCUGUAGGAAAGAAGAAGAAGAUGACAAAAGAGGAAAGAAUGCUCUUAAUGGAAGAAAAGAAACAGAAGAAGGAACAAGAAAAAUUGCAAAAAGCAGCACUGAAGGCUGAGGCUGCUGAGUUGAAAAAAUUGGAGAAAGAAAAGCAAAAGUGGGAAAAGGGAAAGUUUGCACAAAAAUCUAUUGUGGCUGAAAUUGACACAAAAGUAGUUGAACUGGGCUCAGUAGGAGGACAUCUACUUUCAAGGUUUGCAGAGAAAGGAUUUACAUAUCGCAUAACCUCAAAUCCAAUUGAAAGAUCCAUUGUUUGGACCAUGACAGUUCCUGAACAUAUUUCUCAGCUCUCUCCGCAAGGAAUAGAGAUUCAAUAUGUAUUACUUGUAUAUGAAGCAGAAGAGUUUUGUAAUCUUGUUCUCAAUGAAUCACUUAUGGAUCAUGUUUCCAGAGUUAGAAGACAUUAUCCAUCUUAUUCAAUUUGCUUCCUUACAAAUAGGUUAAUGGCAUAUAUUAAUAAAAGGGAAAAGGAACAGUACAAAAAUCCAGCAAACAGUAAUAGUUGGAGACGUCCACCUGUCGAGGAGGUACUGGCAAAGUUGACCACACAUUUUGUCAGGGUACAUUCCAGGCAGUGCAUUGAUGAAGCUGAACUGGCUGAACACGUUGUUGGUUUAACAAGCAGCCUAGGCUCUUGCCAAUUUAGAAAGAAAUUAACAAGACUUUCUGUCAAUGCCAAUGGAUUGCUGGUCCCGAAGGACUCUGUUGAUAGGAAUUUAAUUAAAAAGAGCCCAUGGUUAAAAGCUUUGGUAGCUAUUCCAAAGGUACAGCCCCGAUUUGCCAUUGCUAUAUGGAAGAAAUACCCUACCAUGAAAGCUCUUUUGAGUGUUUACAUGGACCCUAGUAAAUCAGUGCAUGAAAAAGAAUUUCUACUCAAGGACUUGACCACUGAAGGUUUACUUGGUGGCGAUAGACGUUUAGGUGAGGUUUGCUCAAAGAGGGUGUAUAGAGUACUUAUGGCUCAAAGUGGAACCAUCAAAACUGAUGAUGUUGAGGACGGUGCUGAUUUCUUCAGAUACUAGUCCAUAUUAAACGACUUCCAAUGGUAAUUCUUGGUGAUCUUUU